GAUAAGGUCGACGGCAGGGACAGCUAAAACAAUUUCAAGCAACGUUACACACAAUUUAUGUUACACAAUCAUGCACAAGCUGUAUGGCGUGAUCCUCAUCUUGGUGGUGGUCAUAGAUGUGGUUUGGUGUCAGUCCUGUCCGAGCGGCUUCCUGCACCACAACGACUCCUGCUACAGCCUCAUCCGUGUCCAGGCCUCGUGGGCGGAGGCGGCCGUGUACUGUCAGGCUAUAGGCUCCCACCUGGCCUACGUGGAGACGGAUUCCGAACAAACCUUUGUGGAAGGUUAUCUCAAAAGAGAAGAUUCUACUAUAACGACCAAUGGUGUCUGGAUCGGUGGUUUGACGUACCUGACGGAGAGAGAGUGGCAGUGGGGAUGUCAAAACACCCGAAUCGCCAGAACCUUCUGGGCUCCUGGAGACCCAAAUAACGACCACGGCAGCCAGUGGUGUCUGAUGUGGUACAAGAAGGGCGACUACCGGUGGGACGACAAUGGAUGUCAUGUCAACGAGUUUUUCCUGUGUGAGUUGGAGCUCAUUCCCCCAGAAAUAGUUGGGAAAUAACAUCCCAGUCGGAACAUUGGAAACCCCAAGAGUACAUUGGAAGAAAGUUAUUGUGUCCCUAGAAAUAAUCCUUUUUUAAUAUAAAUGUGCGUGUUGCCCCUUUUAAUAUGUGUCUUACAAUGCACAUUAAGUAACUGAUACUGAUUGGAUCGGUUGCUCUGGACGUUUGAUCGAUCAUUCCUAAUAUGCAUAGCCUUCGCGAAUGCUUAGAAAGGACAUGGUAAAUAAUAUUAUCACUGUUAAAUUAUAUAAGUUGAUGUGAAUAGUCCAUCAUGACUCAACA